AUGACGUACUCCGACACCUACCCUGGGAAGUUCCUUGGCCUCCUUGCUUUUGAUGACAUCGAGCAGAAGGCUGUUCUCUUGGACAUACAGAGGGAUUGGCGCCUGCUUCAGUCACUCGAAGCAUCCGACGACGAGUGGGCAAAGCACUACCUGAGACAGUUGCGGUGGCCAAUGGAACAGUGGACCAGAGAGAUGUUCGUGAUGCUGUAUGAGGAGAGCUUUAAGAAUGUGAGUAAAGAGGCGUUCGACAAACUCUUGGGUUUCGCGAAUUCGUGGAUGUCGACCCUUAUCAACGAGGACCUCUUCAACCGUUACCGUGCCAGGGAGCGCGCGCACCAAGCGAGCGUAUUUGGCAGGGUUUCUCGCUGGCACAAGGCAACCACCACUGAGUUGAUCAAGGAGUACGACAGAAAGGAGAUUCUGAUCACACCGACUUCCAAGAGCAUGAAGCUUGUGAACGUGACGCCUGACUUUUGCAGAGCUGAUAUCUCGGAGUUCUCGCUGGACCCGCAGUUGCUGGACGUCUUCACGGACGCGGCGAAGGAGCUCCCACACUUGAGCGGCCAGGGGAUGCUGAAGCGCGGGAUGGCGUGGCAGAGUGCUCGCGAGCUCCAGGGGGACAUCGCCGAGAUGAAAUUCUCCUGGCUGUCCUUGUGCAUCGAGCCUGGCAUGUACGUGAUGGGCCAGGAUGCGGGCACGACAGACAUCCACAUUGUUGAGCCCCAGAGCGCGAAGCACAACCCCUCCGACAUGAUCUUCAUCAUGCCGAUCAACUCCAUCGAUGGGCUGAAGCGCAUCAAGGUUUGCAAGGUGAUGGCGCUCUCGCCGCUGGGGGCUGCCAGGUAUUCUGCCAUGAUCCCAAGCAAUGGCCUUGCGGCCCGACUGAUCAUCGACAAUAACAAGACCGAGAACGCUCUGAAGAUGGCCGCGCUGAGAGGCCUCAAGGAGCUCGACAGUUUCUGGCUUCCCAGGUUGAUGUCGAUAUUGAAGAUGAGGUUUGCUUCUGCAUCGAGGCCGACUAACGUCAAGGGCAUGGUGACAGCCAUCAUCAGGGAGAUCAUCCCAGGCGCUUCCGACGAGGUGAUCGACAACGCGCUGUAUUGCAGAGGCCAGGUCCACGAGACCAAUGGUGCGACCUCAGUGCUGUCGGACCCCGAGAACUUGGAGAAGAUCGAGACGGGCCUGGAUGCGGACGACAUGUUGGUCGUGAAGAAGGCCGCGGAGCAGGUCAGGGCCAAGGUGAAUUACAACAAGCAGCAGGCCAAGGAGAACAGCAAGGACAGGGUUGGCAAGGGUGGCGCUGGUCCUGGCCCGCCCGAGGCGUCUGCAUCUAACGGAGGAGCGGCAGCGGCGGCCUCGUCGUCAGCUUCUGGAGGCGGCGCCGUGCCCAUGGAGCUCGAGGCGGCGGCGCCAGCGGCUUCGACAGCUCCGAGGGCCUGGACAGUGCAUGAUGAUCCCGCUCCCGAUGCAGACGUCGAGCUGGCGUGGGCCAGGAGGUUCGCGCCGCCCUUCGCGACGCUCCAGAAGGACGCGAAGAGGUUCCAGCGCUGGGUGGGCGCCUACCCGAAGCAGCUGCCGCCCUUCUCGGUGAGCAAGAGCUGGGGCCCGAAGACCACCUACACGGUGAAGACGGCGCUGAUGUUCGUGCUGCAGACGUCGUGGCUGUGGCGCGAGGAGGAGACGGGCGAGAAGUGCCCGUACGCGCUGUGGGGCGACAACGCGGGCCUGCCGCCGUGA